AAAGAAAUAUCGAUUUCAUACGGCUAUUAAUUUCACUAUAACGUAGCAUGAUGACGACUUUCGACCCGUUUCUUAGAGGCAAAAUAGAACAGAGCGACUUGUGUUGCGGCGAACAACCGCAAAAGCCGCAUGAACCAAAAGUACACGUGGUACCAGCGCUGUCCACUACAGCACCAGCCUGGUCAGGCAUCGCGAUAAUUGACUUAAAAAUGAAAGAAAUAUGCCUGAAAGAUUACAAGGGAAAAUAUCUGAUAUUGCUCUUUUAUCCCUACGAUUUCACUUUUAUCUGCCCUACGGAAAUCAUACAAUUCAAUGAUCGUAUCGAAGAAUUCAGUAAAUUAGGCUGCGAGGUAAUUGCCAUUUCUACGGAUUCUCCGUACGCACAUCUAGCAUGGAUCAUUACACCCCGGAAGCAAGGUGGUCUGGGCGAAAUGAAAAUACCCUUUUUAUCCGAUAAGAAUCAGAAUAUAUCGAGAAUGUACGGAGUACUGGAUGAAAAAGAAGGAAUAUGCCUUAAGGGACUGUUCGUCAUCGAUAGAAACCAAUUGAUUCGACAUAUCGCGAUCAGUGAGAUUUCCAUGUCUCGUUCUGUCGACGAGACUCUGAGGAUCUUGGAGGCGUGUGAAUUCAUCGACGAAUUUGGAGGCGUCUGUCCUGCGGGUCCAAGAGAGAAAUUAAACGAUACAAGCGACGAGCUAAAUUAUUUUAGCACGUAA